GGUCUAUCAGGGCCAGGCGGCCCCCCCCCCCAUUCCUGACCCUCUGAUGGGGGAGCCGGGCAGGUCUGGGGCAAGGGGCGGGACAUUGUCCCCCCCAACCCCGAGAUUGCGUUGGAGGCUGAGAGCCCGGACUCCUGGGUUCUCUCCUGGUUCUGGGAGGGGAGUGAGGUCUGGUAGUCAGAGCAGGGCUGCUGGGAGCCGGGACUCCUGGGUUCUCCCCUGGCUCUGAGCAGGAGCCUGACCUCACUGGGCUGUCGGUCUGCUGGAUUCUCACCUCACUCUUCUCUCUCCAGGUGCUGCAGCCAUGAACACUCCGGGGCCCGCCCUCCGCCCCAGCCCUGCCUCUUGCUGGCUGGAGAACCCUUUCCUGGGGGGCCACAGCCCCCUCCUCCCAGCAUGGGUCGAGGAGACCAGGGCCCGGCUUCUUCGCCCUCUCCCACCCCCUGCCCCCUGGCUGAGCUCCCUGACCCUCACGCCCUGCCUGGCGUCUUCCCCCAUCUCUGCUCCCAGCCAGGUGCCCCUUGCCCCUGGAGGUGAGGAUGGGACCCCGGGCCGCAGCAAGGAGCUGGAGCUGCCCUGGUGGGCCGACACUGCCCCUGACCCUUCCGGCUUGCUGCCCCAGUACACCCUGGCGGAGUUGCCGGCUGAGCCGAGCCCGGAGCCCCUGAGGCAGAGGGACCCUAGCACCCAGCAGCCCCUCGGGAAGGGCCCCCAGCAGCACCUGAGAGAGCACAAGCUGGCCCUGGUGAACCUGGUGUGCUGCUCCCUCGUGGAGGGGCCCGAUUUGGGGACCCCCAGUGACGCGACACGUGGGCGCCUGGUAGAGCUGUGUGAGGAGCUGGCCCAGCUGGAGCCUGAGUUCAUCCUUAAGGUGUCUCUGUAUACACGCCAAGAGCUGAACAUCCGGGGAACGGCCAACUUCCUGCUGGCACUGGCGGCCCGGCUGCCGCCCUGCCGGCUCCACCUGCGCCGCUACUUGUGUGCCACUCUGCAGCUGCCCUCCGACUGGAUCCAGGUGGUGGCGCUCUUCCAGAGCCUGGCGGGCGCAGGACGCCCCCUGGCCCCGCUGCCUCGCUGCCUCCGCGCUGGCCUGGCAGACAAGUUCCAGCAAUUUGAUGCCUACCAGCUGGCCAAGUACAACUCACGCAAGAGCCGCGGAAAAGCCAGAGGGCGCCCACGGCCCCGCCAGCCGAGGAGGGAACUCAGGAGUCCUGCGCUCGGGGCUGAGCACUGCCAGCCAAGUCUUCCUCCUGGAGCCGCCCCCCAGAGACCUUUGCCCUGGAUGAGGAGAUUCCGGCUGCGCCAGGCAUUUGGCAAGCUUCAGACGAAGUUUGAAAGUGAUCAGCCAUCCGAGGAGCCGCGUGAGACGAAGCCCUUCUCCCUGAAGGCGCUGAUUCGAUGGCUGCAUAUCUCCAAGCCGGCCCAGCACGUCAUGAGUCUGCUGGGCUGCAGGUAUCCCUCGGACCUGAACUCCUUCUCCCGGAGCCACCUGCCAGGGCCCUGGGACCCCACCCAGGCCGGGACCCGAAUGAAACUUCCGCAGCCCCAGACCUGGGACCGGCAGCUUAGCCAGCGCGGGAACAAGGCUGCAGUCUGGGAGGAACUGAUUGACUCGGGGAAGCUGCCAUUCAUGGCCAUGCUCAGGAACCUGCGCAACAUAAUCCGGGCCGGGGUGAGCGAGCGGCACCACCAGCAAGUGCUCAGCCGGCUACAGAACAAGGAGUCCGUCAUCCGCAGCCGGCAGUUCCCCUUCCGGUUCCUGGCGGCGAAUAAAGUCAUCCAGGACAUGGAGGAGCAGCUGAGGAAGAAAGACAGUCCUUGCCCCUCUAACGUGGAGCUGCUGCGGGUGCUGCUGAGGCGCGGGAAGAAGCAGCCGGGGGCCCUGCCCGGGAUGCGGGCGCGGCCGCCCUGGACGCGCCGGGAGCUGCGCGCGGCCUUGUCCAUCCCUUUCCUCUUCCGCGCGGUGAAGAGCGAAAAGCAGCGGCUGCAGAAGGCCAGGGAGCUGUGUCCUGACCCCACCCUCCUGCUCCGUUAUCGUGGGGCCCUGGAUGCCGCCAUCCGCAUCUCCGCCCGGCACAACCUGCCCCCCCUGCCUGGACGCACCCUCAUCCUCUGCUGCACCUCCAACGCCAUGGCGACGCCCUACCACCGGGCCCGGGAGCUGUGUGGCCCCUGUCCGGAGCCCAUGACAGCGCUGGAGGUGGCCCUGCUGUUGGGCCUGAUGGGUCGGGCGGUGGCGGAGCGGGCGCGCCUGGUGCUGUAUGGCCGUGGCCACUGGGAGGAGGCGCAGGCGCUGGCCGGGUCACUGCUGGAGAAUGUCCAGAGCCUGCACCAGCAGGUCCAGGCCACAACGGAGCCGAGCAGCAGCUCCAGCACCGUCAGCGACGUCCUCUGGGACCUGGUGGCUCGUGGGGAGCCAGUCGACACCCUGCUCGUGCUGAGCCCCAGCUCUGAGGCCCCCCUGGCCGGCCCUGCCCUGCGGCUGGUGCGGGAUCGUGUUGCCCCCCACUGCCUCUUUGUGAACCUCUGCCUGGAGACCUGGGGGUGCCAGGGGGGCCCCGUGAAUGAGGUGGAGUUGGCUGGGUUCAGUGAGCAGGUGCUCAGGUUCCUGGCUGUGCGCGGCACCUCCCGCCUACUGGAGCACGUGGGCAGGAUGGACGAGAUCCACGGGCUGCCCCCCGCGCUGGGGGCACCCCGCAGGCACCCAGAGCUUUCCUCCUCCCCUCCCACCCUGACCCCCGCCCCUGGGAGCAGGUGGCGUAGCAUCUGCUUGUUCAUCUCGUCACCGGUGCGGGACAUGCAGGGCGAGCGGGACGUGCUGCUCCGGGCCGUGCUGCCCGCCCUGCGUGCCCGCGCCGCCCCCCAUCACCUGGCGCUGCAGGAGAUCGACCUGCGCUGGGGCAUCACUGAGCAGGAGGUGCGGCAGGAGCGGCAGCUGGAACUGUGCCUCUCGGAGGUGGCCCGGAGCCAGCUCUUCGUGGGCAUUUUGGGGGAGCGUUACGGCUACGUACCCCGAGAAUACUCCCUGCCGGACGCCCCCCAGUACGAGUGGGUGAAGUCGUACCCUCGGGGCCGCUCCAUCACCGAGCUGGAGGUCAUGCAGUUCCUCAGCAGCCGGCGCAGCUCUGGUUCUGCUGGCCAGGCGUUCUUCUACCUCCGCGAGCCAGAUUUCCUUGGAUACUCCUGCCAGUGGGGCGGCGUGGCCCAGGGCCGGCCGUAUGUCAAGGGGCUGGAGGAGUUUGGGGCCCGGGUGCUGCAGGAUCUGUGGGGUGCCCUCCAGCGCCAGUUCCUCCAGGCUGAGUCGGAGCCCCCUGGGAGCGAGGAGGAGGAGGGGCAGGAGCUGCAAGAUGCCUUCCAGGACUUCCAGCAGCGCCAGUUCUGUGCCCGGGGCAAGCUGCUGGGCACCGUGGCUGGCCGGGUGCGGGAGGGCCGGCCCCCCCGCCGCGGGCCAGGGGGCGGGCUCUAUGUGGUGAUGGGCGCGCCUGGCGAUGGCAAGACUGUCUUCAUGGCGGCGCUGGCGCGGGAGCUGAGCGCCCAUUCCCCGGCCCAGGACACCUCCCCCACCCGCUGCCUGGUCGUCUCCCACUUCACCGGGGCCCGGCCGGACCAGGCCAGCGCCAGGGUGGUGCUGAGACAGUUGUGUGCCCGCCUGAGCCGUCUGUUGGGCCAGACGACCUCGCCCCCCACCAGUUACAGGGGGCUGGUGUGCUGUCUGGAGUCCCUCCUGCCCGCGGUGGCCGGGUUGCUCCGGGGAGCCCAGCGCCUUGUUGUGCUGCUCGAUGGGGCUGACCAGAUCCACGGGGACAGUGGGCAGCCCGUCUCUGACUGGCUCCCAGCGCAGCUGCCCCUGCGUGUGAGCCUGGUUCUGAGCAUCGGUGAGUGCUCCAGACUCCUGGAUUCCCUACAGCGACGGGCGGACACAGUCGUCAUCCCCCUGGGGUCUCUGGACCCCUGCGACCGGGCUGGGCUGGUCCGCCGGGGCCUCGCCAUGUAUGGCAAGAAGCUGGAGGAGACAGCCUUCAACAACCAGAUGCGGCUGGUGCUACUGAAGCGCGGUGCUCGGCAGCCCCUCUACCUGGCACUGCUCACCCAGGAUCUGCGAGCCUUCACCAUCUAUGAAAAGGUCUCGGAGAGGAUCCAGAUGCUGCCCCCGGUGCUGCCCGCCCUGCUCCAGCACAUACUGGGCUGCCUGGAGCAGGAGCACGGAGCUGAGCCAGUGGCCAUAGCCGUCGCCGCCCUCUGGGCCAGCAAAGACGGUAAGAGACAGCUCGAGGUGCUGGGGGUUGUUAAUUGGCAUUGCUACCAGCCGCCGCGCCCCAGAGCUGGCUGCAUCUCAGCACCAGGCGAAUUGUCCCUGACCCUCGCUCCUCUGUCCUCCGCAGGCCUGCUGGAGCGUGAUCUCCUCGCCGUGCUCACCAUGUGGAGGGAGCUGGGCGGGGCGCCCAUCACCUGGGAGGGAGGCAUGGCUGCUGGGGGCCAGGCGGCGGCCAUCCCAAAGGCCCCCAUCUAUUCCCUGAUGAGGAGCCUGAGGUGGCUGGCGGGGGUGUGUGGGGCCCCCUCGGAGGCCCCCGGUUCGCGGCUCCACCUCUGCGGUGCCCCCCUGCGGACGGCGGUGGAACGGCGCUACCUGAAGGAACCGGGCCUGGAGCGAGCAGCUCAUGCUCUGAUAGCAGCUCAUCUCUGGAAACUCUGUGACCCGGAUGUGUCCCGGAGCUUCCAGGGCAGCGAGGCUGGGCCUUUGGCGGCUCUGCCCUACCACCUGGUCUGCGCUGGACGCCCCGACCUCCUGGGCUCCCUCCUGACGGACCUACGCUUCGUGGCUGCCCACGUCCGCCUGGGGCUGCUGCCCGUGCUGGGCCAGGCCUAUGCCCUGCACGCGGGCAGCGCCAAACCCCGGGGCGAGGUGGGCGCAUUCCGGGCGAUGGUGCAGGCGGGCGCGGUGCUGCUCUCCGAGAACCCGUCGCUCCUGGCCCAGCUGGCAGCCAAUGCGCCCGACGGCUCCUCGCUGGGCACCCAGGCCCAGGCCCUGGCCCCCCCAGGGGGGCGUCUGCUGCUCUGGCGCAACAAGGUCCAGGAUACCCCCCACCCUGACAGCAUCGCCCUGGCCCUGCCCACGUCCCCCACCUGUGUGGCCGUCUCCCCCUGCGGGCGCCAGGCUGCCGUGGGCAGCACGGACGGGACCCUGCUCCUGCUGGACAUGCAGAGUGGCCAGGAGCUGAAGACCCUGCUGAGUGGCGGUGCUGGGAUCUCGGCCUGCGUCUUCCUGGCUGACGGGACCCUCUGCCUGGGCACCUCCGCUGGGGGACUGGAGACCUGGGGCCUGCGUGAGGGCAGCAGGCUCCUGGCUACUAAUGCUCACCAGGGCCGGGUCACAGGCUGCUGCAUCAGCCCUGAUCGCAGACAGCUGGCCAGCGUCUCCCUGGACGGGCACUUCAAGCUGUGGGACUCUGCCCAGGGGCACCAGACCUGGGAGCUGGAUCUCUCCUGCCCCUUGAACUGUGCUGCCUUCCACCCUGACGGGCAGCUAGUGGCCACCGGGGGCUGGGACGGCGCCGUGACCAUCCUGGGCCUGCAGAACCGGAGCGUGAGCUCGGUUCUCUCAGGCCAUGAUGCCUCCGUCCGCGCCGUGUCCUUCUCCCCUGCAGGCACCGUGCUGGCGUCCGGCUGCCUGGCCGGAACGGUGCAUCUUUGGUCCUGGCGGGAGGCUGUGAGCCUGGCCACGUUCCCAGCACACCAGGGCUUCGUCUCUGAGGUCAAGUUUCUCUCCGGGGGCCACGUCCUCCUCACGGCGGGCGAGGACUCGAAGGUUCAGCUCUGGCCAGGGCACCUAGGCCAUGCCCAGGGCGCUCUGGGCUCAGGGCCACUUUCUCCAGCCCUCUGCGUGGCCCCCAACCCCGCUGGCACCCUGCUCGCUGUGGGGCACCAUUCAGAUGAUGUUUGGGUCUACGGCACUCCCUGGGGCUUGGCCGGGCGGCGCUGCCUGGCAGGGGGGGUGGCGGUGCCCAGUCUGGCUUGGCUCGGGGAUGCUGUGCUGGCCGGAGGCAGCGGGGACGGCACCCUGCGCGGCUGGGCGCUGACGAGCAGCUCGGCCUGCCCCCUGUGGGAGCUGAGGGGGCACAAAGGGGCUGUGCUGGGCCUAGCCGCCUCGCCCCAGCUGCUGGCAUCUGCCUCAGAGGAUUUCACCAUCUGCCUGUGGCUGGCCAAGAUGCUGAGACGGGCCCUCCCGGACCCUCCCCCAGCCCCCCUGGCCAUCCUGUGGGGCCACACGGCUGCUGUCACCUGCUGCGCCUUCAGCGCCAACGGCCGGCACCUUGCCACGGGAGGCAGGGACAAGACCCUGCUGUGCUGGGACGUGGGGGGCCCCGCGCCGGGAGCCCCCCCACUCUGGCGCUCACUCCCCUUCUGCCACCGCGACUGGCUCACUGGCUGCGUCUGGGUCGGGCCCCUGCUGCUGUCCUGCUCCAGCGAUGGCACCGUGCGGCUCUGGGACCCGGCAACCGGCCAGCAGCUCCGUGAGUUCCUGCCCCACUGCGGCCCUGUCAGUGCUGUCCUGGCCACGGCUGGGCACGUGCUGGCGCUGGGCCGCGACGGGACGCUGGCAGCGUGGGACAUGCUGGGCAUGGAGCUGACCCGCUUCCCGGCGCACCCUGGGCUGGUGAACCAGGGCGCCAGCUUCAUGGGAGCAGACGGCGAUUUCGUGGUGGCCACCGCCGGCUGCGACGGGCGGGUGCAGCUCUGGAGCCCCCUCGAGUUCGGCCGCCCGCGGGCAUUGGUGGGGCACAGUGCCCCAGUGUGUGGCGCUGCCGUGAGCCCAGCUGCCAACCGCAUCCUGACGGUGUCGGGAGAUGGUGCUGUGCGUGGGUGGGCAGCACCCUGGCAAACAGGAUGUGCUGAGGGGCCCGGCUGGCACCGUGGGGCCGUCUCUGCCCUGGCCUGGUCUCCCGACGGGACGCUGGCAGUGUCAGGCGGGGAGUGUGGGGAGCUGAUUGUGUGGGGGGAUGCCAAGGCCCUGGCCGCAGUGCAGGCCGGCUCGCGCAGUGUGUGUGCUCUUGGCUUCACCUCCUCCUGCAGCCUCCUGGUGGCACUGGCGGCCGGGAGCAUCUGGCUGUGGGGCCUGCAUAGCGACCCCAAUACCGGGGCCCUCAGCCUGGAGCGUGAGUGCCCCCUGGGGGAGGUGGCAGCUCCUGUUACCUGCAUGGGGCCAGCCGGGGCCCCCGACUCUCUGGUCCUGGGGCUGGCGAACGGGGAGGUGCUGCUGUUCCGAGCCCACUGGACAGCGCUGAAGCCCCUCUGCUUAGUCAGCCCGGACACCUGGGCUCCAGAACCCCCCGAGUACCUGUUUGACGUGGCUGUGACCCCAGAUGGGCGGCUUCUUCUGUGGAAGGGGGUGAGAGAACCCACCCUGUACGAACUGAGGGUGGGGGAGUCGGAGGAACUGGAGAAAUCCUGGGAGGCCAAGAUCCACCUCUGGGAUCAGGAUGAGGAUGCCGAUUCCAGCUGGUUCAGCAGGGCCUGGCUCAGCCCCGACUCAUCCCUGCUCCUCGCUGGCUCCGCCGGGCUGCUCUGGACUCGGGCCCUGUGGAGCAAGGAGGAUGAUGCAGCCGAGUCCUGGAGCAGCGUGGGGUGGCAGCAGCAGCGGAUCCACAAUGCCAAGGUCACGGCGCUGCACAGCUGCGGGGACGUGCUGGUGACGGCAGCGCUGGAUGGAGACAUCAAGAUCUGGGAGCACAUCACGGGGAGACUGCUGGGGCAGUUCCGUUGUGCUGCCCCCGUCUCCUGCCUGCAACCCUGGCCCGGUCCGGCCUCCCAGCUGCUCUUGGCUGUGGGCGACAUCCUGGGCAACAUCUAUUUCCUGGAGUGGGCCUGUCUGCAGGGGGCCGAGGCUGAACCCCCACCCAUGUGAGCGGCGAUGGCACAAUAAAGCCACUCGCUGAGCUCCACAGAACCCGGCCUUUGUUCAGCUGUCCUGGCUGGCCCCCCCUGCCCGCCCCAGUGCCUUGGUAAACUUGGUAACUAUCAGGCCCCACCCUUGUGUUACUGCUUCUGGCCUUUCCAUGGGGCUGAAUGAGGGCAAGAGGGUCGCACCUCCAUGCCCUGGGGGGCAGCCAGGCUC